AGCGAAAGUCGAUUAGGGCAAUUCCCAACGUCAAAGUUCCCUAAACAAAUAAACAAAAAAAACCCGAGAUAAUGAUGUAUAUAAAAGAAUUUGGCAGUGAAACCAUAACGCUUAUAGACAGCUACAGGUAAGAAAGAAGACGAUUAAAUUAUAACGCACUGCAGCAAAAUGCUUAAUACAACCAACAUGGCUCAACACGACAUCAAAUGGACUGGAUGUCAUCAUCUGCAGGGCAAAAUGUGUAGCAGUACAGUAUAUUUACCCACUAACGAACCGAUAAAACAACUAACCGACAAAACAACAAAAUGGAAAUGGGGUUGGUGUAUCAUUCUCAUGCUGUUAUUAAUUGGUUCUGCAGUAUGGUAUAGCACGAAAUUGUACGAUAGUUUCGAAGAAAAAACUGAAAAGGCUGAACAGAAAACAGCUUCUCUUAGCAGUGCCCUGAAGUCGAUUAAUCGUACCAUAGCAGCGCAGGAGAAGAGAAUUCAAAAGCUUUCCAGACCAGUUGUCGCUAAAGCGCCACCAAAACAAAAACCUUUUGCCGCUAUCUCGUUUUCAGGGGGUCAUAAUGAAAUUAUUGAGAGUCAUCGAGGUAGAUCGUACCCUUGGAAACAGAAAGUUUUGGUUGGUGAUAUUGUCUACAAUCACGGUUAUGUUGAUAUUAAAAGAUCUGGAUAUUAUUACGUUUAUGCUCAGAUGUUCUUCUUCGAAAAUGUGGGACAUUUUAAAGGUGAAAGCAUGGAUUUUUACAUAGAACAUAACCGAACAAAUAAAAUAGCCGUAGCUUCGGUACCAUUAAAUUCGUGUAAACACACGUGUACGCGCCAUGUUGGCCGAUUAAUCUAUUUGAAGAAAGAUGAUCACUUGUAUUUGUCAUCGUACGGAAGUGGGAUAAAAUUUAGAAUGUCUCCGGAUAAAUCAUAUUUUGGUGUAUACAUGGUUUCUGAUAGAAUUUCACCAAAGCCAUCUUGAUUAAGUAAAAAAAUAAUAACAAAAAAAAAAGAAAAGAAAAUAGACAAGAAAAAUUUCAAAGGGAGAGUAUAAAAAGUAGAAAAAACUUUUAUUUAUGAAGCGAAAUAAUUUUUUUUUAAUGUUAUAAGAAUAGAAGAUAGGUUAUAUUACAUUGGUACUUUUGUCCAUUUUAUGGGACACAUUUAUGCCGAUGCUAUUCAUUUUCAGGUUUGUAGUCUUAAUUUGUAUUUAUUUCUUACAAAAGAAAAUCGUAUUAAAAAUAUAUUUUUAAACGCGUUACGCAUAAUGUAAUUAGUAUUUUUUUUUUAAAUUUAUAUAUUUAAUAAUAAAAAAAUAAUUUAAAGCUGAUUUUACAAACUUGUUAGUCUCGGUUAUCGUGACGUAAAAAGAUUACCCAUAUGAGAGUUUGACUGACAAAAUUCAAAAAUGUCGACUUACAUCCGACCUAAUGAGGACGAACAAGAUCUCAUUAAAAUCAAAUUGCUUUUAUUUUAUAUAUCAUAAUUCUCGAUAAGUUAUAGUUUGUCUACAGCACUGAGUUUGUAAUACAUUGCAAUAAAAUGAUAAUUGUAAAUAUUUUUGCUAAACUGUAAAUAAAAACUGUUUAUAUUAAUUUGUACAA